AUGGCGACCUCCCACAAGUUAACAGAACACUUCCUGACAUGCACCAUAUGUACAGAGGUGUUUGACAAGCCCUGUACACUUGUAUGUAAUCACACCUUCUGUCGGAAAUGUGUCAUCACCUACACCAAAACCAGACCAGAAGCCACCAGUGCCAAGUCUCUCCUGUGUCCAUUCUGCAGCAAGAUGACGAAAGUGUCUGCCCCUGAGAGACCAGUGGAGGAGUGGGCGGAUGACGUCAAGCCUAGCUUUGUCAUCCAGGGACUCUUGGACUCGUUUGGCCCCGGAUCUAAAGAUACGACUCACUGUAGUUAUUGCAAGGAGGAAGGGGAGACAACUCCAGCUACAACUUGGUGCUCUGUUUGUGACGACGCACUCUGUGAACGAUGUAUUCGAGUACACAAACGAAUUCCAUCUUCCCGACACCAUGACGUAGUUGACCUGUCUGGUGAGACAAAGGUUAGGGUCAAUAGAAAGGUCAUGUAUAAAAUUCACAAAGAUGAGAAUAUCAAAUAUAUUUGUAAAGAUUGUCAAACAGCUGUUUCUCAAACAUGCUGCAUUAUUCAUCACAGGAAAUGUGACUUGGUUGUUGAAAUUGAGUCUGAGAUUCCUGCAAUGAAAACCGAGCUGAGAAAGAAUAAAGAGGAUUUGUUGAAGAAACACAACGAGAUGAAAACACAUGUAAGAACACAAACCUCCAAAGUCGAUGACGCAUUAACGCUUUACUUACAAAUAGAAUCGAAUAUCAAGUCUGCAGGUCUCAAAGCAAUAGAGGCGAUCAAAGUCAAGGAACGGAAACUUUUGGCUGAACUGAAAGAAAUGUCUGGCAGACACAUUGGAGAACUGAAAGCAGACAUAAAGUCAGGUGAGAUGUCAGUACAGAUGUACAAACAACAGGCUGAGCUGAUAGACCAAACUCUACAAUCUGAGUGUGACAUGGGUGUGUAUGAGAUGUACCAGGGAUGUGAGGCCGGUGAUGUGGAGGCUGUCGGAGUCGCAGAGCUAAAAGAGAAGGGGGGAAUAGCCAGGAUCAUGUUCAGACAGGACACGGACAAGCUGAGUAGAGCACUGGACGAUCUACAGCUGGGUGAGAUAGACGUC